AUGGGAUUCUUCACUGGAUUCUUCAGCGGCUUUGUCCUCACAACAUCAGUCCUGUACAUUACGAUUCAAGUCCAUCAUUCUACACGUAUCGAACAAAAGUCCUCUAUCCGCGACCAAACGAAGAUGAUUGAUUGGUUAGCUUCUUCUCGAGGCGCAUACGACCGCCGUUUACUUCCAAAGGAUGGUGAGGAUAUUGCGUCUAGGGAAAGGGCAUUGGCAGCUUCGAAAUCUCCAAUGAAAGAUCGGCUGAAGCAUCAGUGGAAUGAGGAAGUCCGAAUGUUGGCGAGGAAGGCGUAUGAGAGCAGGUGGGAGGACGUGCGGGAUGCAGCUGCGGAGGGCUGGGGAGGUGUUAGGAGCUUUAUUAAGAGGGAGUGA